AUGAAUGAAAAUCCUAUUGUCAUAUGCACACCCACUUCGUGUGCGGCUGUUCCCAAUCCUAGCUGCGGGUCUUCAUUUGAAACACCCGUUUGUCAUUCAGGUAUCUCACCUGUCGCUGUUCCAAUCGUGUCCGGUUUGUCUUCAAAUGUUCUGUGUUCCUCUGCUUUAUCUAUUACAUCAUCAGUUUCACCUAACCCACCUUCCUCCUUGUCGCUGACGUCUUUGCAAAAUCCUGUCAAUAGCUUGAACUUAAACGUACCUUCGUCUAGUCACAACCCAAUAAUUCUACCAUCAUCUGCGUCAUUGUUAAUUCAUUCAAUCAAUUCCUCAAACAAUUCAACUUCUGGGGUUCGUUCGGUCCCUCCAAUUACUAGUAGUUCCUUAGCUAUAAAUGGUUUGGGAAAUCCAAACAUAACCGUUCCUAUGACAUGUAAAAAUGAGUUUUUGUGUUCUACCAUAACUAAUCCUAGUUUUUCGUAUGAUUCCGUGCUGCCAGUUGAAUCAUCUACAAUUUGUCCAAAUCCAAGUUUUUCGACGAUCGCUAACCAAACAGUUGAAGUUAUUGAUCCAACACAAAAUUUGUCGUCUUCCAUAUCUGGGUCCACACCAGUCACAUUAGCUUUACAGUCUAAUAUAUUAAAUUCCAACCAUAUGCAUUCAGAAAAUGUUUCAAGUUUCAGUGGAGAAUGUGGGAUUCGUCCUAUAAGCAACCCAACAUUACCACCAUGUUUUCCUUUGAAUUUGAUGCCAAUUAGUCCGAAUGGCGACUUUCCAGCUGCGCAAAUUAAUUUUCCAGGGUUACCACCGGUUCUUCUUCAAGUCUUACCAUUACCAGGUGUUAAAAUGGGAGAACAUUACACAAUCAACGUUCCGACGCAGUUAAUUUGGGAUGGUAUAUCCAGCGCGUUAGCCAGUGGAGGGACUGUCAAUGGUGGUCCAAUAAUUUUAUCGAUCACACCUACACCUUUAUCUUCACAUUCAGUCUCUUCUAUGUCUACAGUCCCCGCCUCCUCCUAUACUAUGACAAACCAAACAUCCACACCUGUCUCUUUAUGUGGGCCAUCUAAUGGAUUUAUCAAUCCAACUCUUCCUCAGGUUGGAGUUCCCGUUUCAACAGUGAUUCCUUAUUCUGCACAUUCUGUUGGUCCUUUAACUACAACAGUAACUACAACUAGUGUUAUCACUACUAAACUUCCAGGAGUUAAUAUUAAUCCCCUGCUUUCCAAUCCUGUCAGUGCUGUUGGGGGAGCCAAACGUAUGAGGGCUAUCGCUCCCAAGCCAUCAAACGUUAGUUCAGUUGCUACUUUGGGGGCAAAACCUACAUCUGCCUCUACUACAAUAUCAAAAAGUGGGACGAAGCGUCAUGGUCUAGUUACUGCUAUUUCAAGUGUGAAUGGAAUUGUAUCAAACAGCACUUCCUCGCAAAGUAAUCAUGUUAGCAUUCCCAACAUUGGAGCAAUUACUGGAGUACCAACACCCCCGAAACUGUUGCACUCAGCUUCUAGAAAGGUAUCACUACCCUUAGUUAACUUUAGUUCCUCUUUUGUACGAUCGGGUCGAGGUAGACGUCGCUGUGCUGUUGGACAACAAUCUGUUUCUACUACGUUUGUUACUAGUGCACAUGCUUCGCCCAUAUGUAUAACAAACUCUGUUAACUCAGGGAUGGGAAUCAGCACUGAUACCAGUAAUGUUUGUUCUUUGCAGACGCCAGUUUCCUUACCAUUAAGUAGUCCAUCUUCAUUAUCAUCGUUCUACAGCACGCCACCCAUUUUCGUACCACCGACUACGAAUCCCGGACCAGUUUUACCACCUGGACCUAUUCCACCAACAUUUCUUUUUGGUAAUCCAUUGCAUAACGCACCACCUAUUACAGUACCAAACGGCGUGGCUCCCUUUCUUUUUCAACCACCUCUCCCUAUAUCUAACAGUUGCUCACAAUUUCCGAAUUCUGUCUUUAGUCCUGUUACGUGUACCGUCUCCAUUUCUCCGUCCACGUCAUGUCCGUUAGCGGUUGUUCGGUCUCUUCCAUCUGUCAGUUCUGCGAAUAUAUUUGCUGCCAAUAAUGGACCAACAAUGGCUUCUCUCGAUCCUGCUACCGGGCUUUUAACGUAUUACCCCUCAUCAUGCAUUCCUAUGAAUAACCCAUAUCCCCCUACAAUAUCUUCUAGUGACUCACCAUCAAUCAAUAUAUCAACCGUGUGCUCUCAGCCGAAUCAGACAAUGGGUCUUCAGCCUUCUUCACAAUCCGGACCGGUCAUGUACCCAUCG